AUGCAGUCAGCAAUGGAGCUCGAAGCCAUUCUUGCACUGUGCAAGGCAGCGCCAUACGUCGGGGCGAAAGACGUGGCCGGGCCGCUCCUCGACCGCCUGGCGGCAUACCUGGCCCAGGUCUACACGCAGACACUGGCGCCCUCGCCCAACGUCCGAGCCAUCGAGCCGUCGCCGUAUGAAGUCCUCUCAUACAACCUAACGUCGGCCGUGCUGUCGCUCGGCAGCCGCCAUGGACUGCAUGCACAGGCGGCAGUGGCCAUCACGAGCUAUGUCGAGGGCUGGACGGACACAGCGGCGGACCUUUCGGCAGACCAGUUCGACGAAGACGACAGAGACGACUAUCCUGCGGGGCGGGGACUUGCGCGGGUCAUGACCCAGAGUCUGUCUCUGCUGGGCUUCCUGAAUGCUGCCGCGGGACACGCCAAGUUCUGGAACUCGUACGACCGGCUGCAGCUUGUCGAACAUGUGCGGGCGGCGCUGUCGGAAAAGUUCUUGGUUGCUUUCGAGACUGCCUUGUCGAUUGUGCGUAAUGCGCGCCCACAUCAACACGGGCUGCGCGACUGGAAGCGCUACGCAAAGCACUACGCAGCCGCCGGACAGCCGCUGGGGGGGAUGAUUCUGCACGACUCGUUCCUCCGGCUCGUUGUGGCAUCAGCCUCCAUCAUGGUCGAAGCCCCCGAUCGCGAGCAGGGCGACGGCAUUCUCGACCAUCUACGGUCGUCGAAGCUCAGCGCCGAGACCGUCGCAGACAGCUCGGACGAUGCGCUCGCCGACGGCCUGACGAGAAUCGCCGUCGAGGAGAUGGAGUUUUUGAAGAGUGAUCUCGACUACCUCCAGCGGGUGGCAUCUGCCUGGCAACAGCGACAAGCGUCUUCCGUCAAGGCCAAGGUCCUCAUUACCUACUUGUGCUGCACCGUCUACGACCAAGACAUCGCUGACGCCGAUCUCCUCAACGCGUGGCUCGAGAAUGUGCUUGACGAUCCGUCACAGACGGCAGACCAUGAACUGAGCUCAACAGUGCUGAAGUCAAUGGCUGUUCUCGCCAAAGUUUCGCCGCCCCUCGCAUCGAGUCUGGGUCGCUCACUACCACGCGUCAUUGUCCAAGGCAACUUUGAUCACCGAACCACCCCAGUCGCGGCCGACGCUCUUGCGGCCGUUCUCAGUCUGCUGCCACAGGACGCCAUAAUCACAACACUAUACAGCUUAGGCAACAUCAUCAGCGCAGGUUCGGUGCCGAGCCAGAAUCCUGCUGCAUCUCCCUCGCUUCACGGCACAUCUAAGAGUGGUCGUGGCGGUGUUUACAAUCAGCAGAACGGCAGCGCUAUAUCUCUGACCCCCAGCGACAUCGAAGAACCGCACCAUGUCCACUCCGCCGUUGUUGAGACCAUCGUGUCAGUGGCGUGCAACUGCAAAGAUGCCAAAAUUACAGCUCUUGCUCUGUCCAUGCUCAUCCAGAAAGUCGGAAGAGCGAGCAAGGCAGUCGAUGCGAAGAUCAUCACUGAUUCCGCCUUUCUUGGAAUCCACAGUCCGCCUGGAGAGUUUAAAUCAUUACUCAAGGUGUACUCGAAGCUGGCCCACGAUGCCCUUGUAAAAGAUGAUACCGCAAUCCUAGAAGCUGUCAUGAGUGCUCGUCUGAACAUGUCAACCGCUAUAUCUGCCAACGACGAUGCGUAUGAACUAUACCUAUCACACUUACUUGACGCAAUUAUCAGCAAAGGUGACGCUCCGGAAACAUCUCACCGCCACAUGCAUGACACAGAACUAGCCGCUCGAGAGAUUGCACAGCUGCUGAAACCUCUGGCGGUUCUCCUAUCGCGCAAUGCCAAUCCCGACAACUUGUCAGACAUGAGCGACGCAAUCAUCGGUCUACAGCGCGAUGCCUGGUUCAACAUCGUCGUGCAUGGAUUUGACACACUGUCCGACUUGGGCAAGGAAUACAGAGAGGAGCUCAAAACAUUAGCCCGGUUUAGUCAGCCACUCAUUGCUGAAGAACGGCCUUCUCUUUCUGAGAGCGACAUUGAGUUGAACACGGUCCUUCGUCGUGGCAAGUCUCCUGAGCACACAGCCGAGCAGAAGCGACGCUUAGGAAGGCUGUUACCGUCAUGUGAAGCCGACACUAGAUCCCUCAGCUACCAGGAGGCUGUCUUCUUGAGUACAGCGUACCUAGUAGAGGAUCUAAGAGCUAGCACAGGCGAUUGUACCAAGGCACUUGCAUAUUUCCUCGAUCCAAAACUACGCUCUGGCGCCGUUGGCAAUUGUAUGGCUGCGAUCACAACGACAGCCAUCCGAACCUAUCUGACGAAGACACUCUCUGGGCAAAAUCAGUCGUUCUCGACACCAUACUUGGCAGAACAGCUCGCGACUAUUUUCUCAGCGUGCUGCCAUCGUAUUGCGCGCAUUCAACAAGCUGCAGCAGCAUGUGCGGAUCUAAUCAUACAUGAGGUGCCGUCCACGCUGUGCCAGAAGAGCGCUCUUUUCGCUUUGUUAGAACUACUGUCCAUCAUGUGGUACAGCUGCUUGGAAGGGGAGACUGAUGAAUACACCUGGAAGUCUACCUUCACCUCGAAGAAGUCCAACAUCAUGGUGGAGCUCUCGGACGACUAUUCCUUCCGCCGUGCGACUUUGUCUGCCUUGCACAAGCGGGCAACAGCUUGGGUGAAGGAUGCUCUGGACACUGCGCCGCUCGAUGUCAAAGGACUAUUGCAAACAUAUCUAUCCGAGUUCGACGACGAAGCCUCUUUCGGACACAUUUCUCUGGGCCGAUCGUUCGCAUUGGAGAUGGGGUCUGUGAUUCCAUCCACUGAUCAACGUUUGGGUGCCGUUGAACGUCAAGGUAUCAACAUCAACACUGCGUCUGACUUCAUCACUCAAUAUACCACGCGCCAGGAGUACAAGUUCCUGGAUGGUGUCAAUGAUCAAGAAGAAGAGUGGCUACGAAAUGGCGCAGUACCGGGAUCUCGUCCCAGCUAUUUGUCGCGCAGUCUACAAGACGCAACAAAUCUAUUACUAGAUCUGGAGAACCGCACGCUGAACCAUAAGCAUGUUACGAUUGCAGAGCUGCGGGACAUCCUGCGUAGAGCAGCUGCAUUGUUGUGCAGAGUGAAGACAGACCAAGCACCCAUUGUUCACCACCUUGUAGGCAUACCUUUUGCGGUUUUCUCCAAGCAGUCCAUCAAGCUUGGUAUCUCCCUGUGGACUAGCGUCACAAAGGAGAAUCCCCGUAUGGAAUCCCGCAUCCUAGUUGCCAUUGCAGAGAACUGGGAGACUACCGUACGCAAGCGUCGAGGUAUCUUCAGUCCUUCCUUGAAUGCAUCGCGUCUGAGCAAAUCGGAUGUCGAGCGUGUGCCCCACAGUGAGCAUGUCUUGAUCCAUCUGUAUGUACCUGCUAACCUUCUCAGGUGGUCCUUCGGAGGCAAUCGAUUGCAAAUCAAGGCGGAGACCCAUAUUCUGGUGGACGUGCAGGUGAACUUGGACGCUAUUGGGAAGAUCGUCACAGUUGGAGAUAUAGGCUCCAAGCUCAAGGCAAAGCAGGACCUGCUCUCCAUGCUACUUGCUAAUGAACAAUCCCGUCUCCUGGUCUGGCUUUUCCCACUUGACCAUACGAAGAAACACAAUUUUACCCUGAGCAGCAGCAGGGCAGCACUGCCCGAUGCCGCCGUGACUGCCCACUUGAAGACAGCCUGGGCGGAGAACCCCGCGAUAGCUGUUCAUCUUGUCAAGCGCUUCCAGUCUCAACGCCUUGCGAGCGAAGUCCGCUGGCAGGUGCUCAAUUUUCCACAUAGGGUCUUGGACGAGCCCGACGCUCUCGAAAUACUCCUAGGGAGUCAGUUGCCAGGUGAUGUAUCCUUUCAACUCAAGUACCUUCUAUAUUGGGCCCCUUUGAACCCAAUCACGGCAGUCACAUACUUCAUGCCCGCUUAUGGCAACCAUCCCUUCAUUAUACAGUAUGCAAUGAGGGCACUUGAGAGUCACUCCGUUGAUGUCAUGUUCUUCUAUGUCUACCAGAUCGUUCAGACCCUUCGCUACGAUGUACUUGGUUAUGUCGAGAGAUACAUCAUCGAGACCGCAAAGUUCUCACAGUUAUUCGCACACCAGAUCAUCUGGAACAUGAAGGCCAAUGCGUACAAGGAUGAGGCUUCCGAACCUGAUCCAGUCAAACCAACGCUCGACAAGGUUAUGGGUAGUCUUGAGUCAAGCUUCUCGCCUGAGGAUCGUGAGUUCUAUGAGCGCGAGUUUGCUUUCUUUAAUGAAGUAACCGGCAUCUCUGGUACACUGCGCUCAGUCUUGCACGAACCAAAAGAAGUCAAAAAGCAGAAGAUUGAGGAAGAGCUCCGUAAGAUACAAGUCGAAGUUGGUGUUUACUUGCCGAGUAACCCCGACGGUCAAGUCAUUGGUAUCGACCGCAAGUCUGGUAAACCUCUCCAAUCUCAUGCCAAGACACCCUUCAUGGCGACCUUCCGCAUCCGCAAGAACAAGCCUUCCACCCCGGGUGUCAUCGAGGAAACCGAAGACAAUGAUCGCUCUUCCCAGAAAAGUAACACAUACGAGACAUGGCUUUCUGCUAUUUUCAAGGUUGGUGACGACUGUCGCCAGGACGUGCUCGCCCUUCAGAUGAUUGCUGCAUUCCGCGGCAUUUUCAACACCGUCGGUCUUGAUGUUUGGGUAUUCCCGUAUCGUGUUACGGCUACGGCGCCUGGUUGUGGUGUCAUUGAUGUCCUUCCCAACUCGAUCUCUCGUGAUAUGCUCGGCCGCGAAGCGGUGAAUCGGCUGGACGCGUAUUUCAUCUCCCGCUACGGAAACGAGGACUCCAUCCGCUACCAAGAAGCACGUAGCAACUUUGUCAAAAGUAUGGCAGCUUACAGCGUCAUCUCCUUUCUGUUGCAAUUCAAGGACCGACAUAACGGGAACAUCAUGAUUGAUGACAUGGGCCAUAUCAUUCACAUCGACUUUGGCUUUUGUUUCGAUAUCGCUCCAGGUGGCAUCAAAUUCGAGCGAGCGCCCUUCAAGCUUACCGCGGAAAUGAUUGCAGUCAUGGGUGGCAGCACUACAGCUCAACCGUACCGCUGGUUUGAGGAGCUGACUGUGAAGGCCUUUCUCGCUGCAAGGCAGCACGCCAACCAUCUGAGUCAUAUUGUGGAAGUUAUGCUGGACUCGGGUCUGCCUUGCUUCAAACCUGAUACCAUCAAAAAUUUCAGGGAUCGGUUUGUGCUGGAUAGAGACGAGAGAGGUGCUGCAGAGUUCAUGCGAGACUGUGUGAAAAGGUCCGCAGGUAGUCAGAGUACGGGUGUAUAUGAUCGCUUUCAACUGAUCACAAACGGCAUUCCUUACUAG